CGUCAUUAUGUGGCGCCAAAACAUUCUCCUCUCAGCUUCUUCAGACUCAGAGUACCUCCAUUGUGGACAUACACACUUAUCUAGGACAAAAACAUAGCUGACUGUGUGGUGUUUAAUGGGUCACCCAUACCUGUAGUUUUUAAGCGCAUAUAGUGGAUUUUUAGCCCCUGUCGGUCUCGCUAUGAACGACGACGAUUAUUUGAUGGGAAGUUUUCAUUCAGGUCAGCUCCGUGCUAAUAUGCCGUCUGUUCCUGAUGGACUUUGCUGGGUGUCAAUUCUCUCCUGUCUACUACUAGCGUGCUCCUAUGUUGGAAGUUUAUACGUUUGGAAAAGCGAUUUACCAAGAGAUCAUCCUGCAGUGAUAAAGAGGCGCUUCACCAGUGUACUGAUUGUAUCCGCUCUGUCUCCAGUCUUUGUGUGGGCAUGGAAAGAGUUCACAGGCAUUCAGACUGGUCCCUCAUUACUGGCUCUAAUGGGGAUCCGGUUGGAUGGUCUUAUUCUUGCUAUCAUUCUUCCACUGCUAUUGACCAUGGUGCUGUUUCUGGGUCCUCUGAUCCAACUAGCCAUGGAUUGCCCCUGGGGUUUCAUUGAUGGGAUGAAAGUCGCAGUUGACCCUUGUUUCUGGUCGCUGUGUCUGAGUGACAUGCGCUGGCUGAGGAACCAGGUUGUGGCGCCAUUGACAGAGGAGUUGGUUUUUCGGGCAUGCAUGCUUCCCAUGCUAGUACCCUGUGCAGGCCCCUCCACCGCAAUCUUCACAUGUCCACUCUUCUUUGGUGUUGCUCAUUUUCACCAUGUAAUCGAGCUCCUGCGGUUCAGACAGGGCACUGUCUCAGGGAUUUUCCUCUCUGCAGUGUUCCAGUUCUCCUACACUGCAGUAUUUGGAGCUUAUACAGCCUUUAUAUUCAUCAGGACAGGUCAUUUGGUGGGUCCUGUGCUGUGCCACUCCUUCUGCAAUUACAUGGGUUUUCCAGCGGUCAGCACGGCCCUGGACCACCCGCACCGCCUCACGAUUCUCUCCUUCUACGUGCUGGGGGUCGUUCUCUUCUUCCUUCUCAUCUUCCCCAUGACUGACCCGCUCUUCUAUGGUUUUCCCACACCCGUCUGCACCCUGACCUCCACACCUGGAUCCAUCUGCUCCUGAUCCAUCCAUGCCUCCAUCCAGCAUGUCAUCCAUUCCUUCUCUCCAGCCAUUUGAAAAGGGAUGGCUGUUUUGCUGCUGGUUUCACCAGGGGAGCGAGGGACUGCUGGAGAACAGGUAUGAGAAUUCACAGCCUCUGUGAGGUGGUGCGUGGAAGAACUCGGUGGAUGCAAAACAUCCUCAGGUUGCACUGACCAUUCUUUUCACCAUUCAGCCGAUGUUGCAUUAUCAAGUGACUUCAGCAAGACAAGUUAAUUAUAUGUGUCUGCAUGUUUAUAUGACAAUAUUUCAGUGUAUUUAUCAUGAGAUUGGUGCUGGGGAUAAAGAUCAGACACUAUUACGGGUUCCUAGGAGAAUUUGUAUGCUGAAAUGUGCAUUGCUGAAAUGCUAGAUUCCCUAUUUCUUUGUUGUGACAUUAGAAACUUGUUCACAUACACCGUACCUUGUUUGGUCUGGUGCCCUUACUUGAAAACGCCAUUCAUUUUUACAGAAUUAUUUAGUUUUACUCUUGAUUUUUAUUGUCUAAAUAUCACGCCACUUAAGUCAGUUGGCUUAAAUUUAAAUAAAUGUCUUUAGGUACGCUUUUGAAGCAAUAGACCUAGAUUAAUAGGAGUUACAAAAUGUAGUGAUUGAGUAUCAGAAGUGUAAUUGCCCUGGCCUGAACAUGCAGCUUUAUGUGUAGGUCUAGAUAGAAUUGCGACCUCAUGCACUUUUCAAAUAUGAGGUCUUUUUAAAGCAUUGAUCAGUCCUGCCUUGGCUUUUUGCUUAUUAGAAAAAAAAAAAGAUGAAAUACCAAUUACUGUUUAUAUUGUAUAGUGGAUAUUCAUUAAUAGAUUUUGACCAAAUGGUAUUUCAUUCAUAUUAAAUGUAGGACUGUGCAAAAAAUCGAAUGCGAUUUUCAUGCGCAUCUCAUCAGUAAAGACGCUCCUGUAAUUAGAAGUAUAUCUCCAGCACGUGCGUUCAGAUCAGGGUUGCCCAGGUUCUCAAAACAAAUCCUGCCCAGUUGCUUCUUAAAACUAGUCCAAAACUAGCCUAAUCGAGUUUCCAGGAGGUUCCCUGAUAAAAAUUGCUUCCCGGGGUUAAAAUAUAAAUUUUUUGGAAUGGUUGCCCUGGUAAAAUUCGCAUUUUAUGGGCUAAAUAUCACAUUAUUGGACUAGUUUUGAGAAGCAACUGGGCAGGAUUUGUUGUGAAAACCUGGCAACCAUGAUACUUCUAAUUACAGGAGCAUCUUUACUGAUGAGAUGUGCAUGAAAAUCGCAUUCAAUUUUUUGCACAGCCCUAAUUAAAUGCAGAGCUAAAGACAUCCUUUUUUUACAUCAACAUAGGAUCUCUUGUGAAUGUAGUAUGGUAGCACUGGAGGAUGCUGAGUUAAAUUCUAGACUUCUGCUUUAGUAAUGGUGCAAAUUCCAACACUUUCUUUUCACUUUCUAAACCACCUGCAACAACAUUGAAACUACCUAUAACAGAAUUACACUCGGAGUUCUUUGGCCGAUAUGUUUUAAGUUCUAAAUCUAAAUGCUUAACCUUUUAUAAAUCUUUUAUAUAUUAAAAAGGACAGUAACGGCCUCAUGAAUUUUUAUGCGGGUUCCUACACCAUGAAGUGUUAGUGAAAACAUACCACUGAUCUGCAUGCUGCUACACUGCUGACAUAUGGAUGUUCGAAUGAUGAUUGAUACAGAAACACACCAAAUACAACUCUUAACAGCUUCUAGGAAAAUUAAAUCCCUGCCAUCAUUUAACUAACGCUUGUGUCUGAAAACCACAAAAUGAGAUAUUAGACAGAAUGUUCCUGCUGCUCUUUUCUGUAUAGUGAAUGCAUAUAUUAUGCUCAUCCAAAAUGCAUAACAUUUCUUGUGUGUUCCAAGAAAGAAAGAAAGAAAUGUGACCAUGGACCACAAAUUUACAUGUAUACAACAUCUGAAAGCUGAAUAAAUAAGCUUUCCAUUGAUGUAUGGUUUAUUAGGAUCGGAAAAUAUUUGAAAAAAUCUAAAUAUUGAGAAAAUUAGUUGUCCAAAUUAAGUUCUCAGCAAUGCAUAUUACUAAUCAGAAAUUACAUUUUGAAAUAUUUACAGUAGGAAAUUUACAAAAUAUCUUCAUGGAGCAAGAUCUUUACUUAAUAUUUCAAUGAUUUAUGGCAUAAAAGAAAAAUUGCUCAUUUUUACCCAUACGAUGUAUUUUUGGCUAUUGCUACAAAUAUACCCCAGCGAUUUAAGACUGGUUUUGUGCUCCAGGGUCGCAAAUGAGUGUAAAAAUGUAAUUUUGUGUGAACUGUCCCUUUGGCAAGUGUGGCUUUUAAUGUUAUGUAGGCCUAGCUGUAUUUGGUUUCAGUUCUCAUUAAUUGUGAAAGCAGAGUGUAAAGAGAGUGUAUAUAUAUAGAACUAUAAUUUACUUUAUUGCUUGUAAUUUGUUGAUUAAUAUAUCGGCAUGGCUUGCCCUCACAUUUAUUAUGUGUGUAUCUUAAGGUCAUUUGUAGGCUUUUCUGUGUUGUGAGAGACCAUGCAAAGUAAACCUUUUAAGCAAUAGUCUCACAAACAGGAUAAAAUCAGGGAUUUCCAUCUAGUGCCACAUAAGAGGUUUGUUUUGGGUGUUUAUUUCUUAGUUCCCAAAAUAAUUUCUUAUGUGGCUCGCUUCAAAGAAAACAGUGAUAUUUAUAACAUUUAAAACAGCCAAAGUCAUGGUAGGAAUUGAUCGCAACUUGUCCAAAUUACUGCAAGCGAUCUGGUUUACUUGUCUCUAGGAUUCAAAAAAUUGUGCUUCAAGUGUGCCAUAGUGUAUAUGAGUGUACUGACGCGUUUACCCAAGGAGGAUGCUGUAUGUGAGCACUGUUUAACUGUGACUGGCUUCAUGAAUGCUGCUUUAGUUUAGUUCAUUUGUGGGUGAGGUCAACAGAGGGCGCCAGAGGACCAUUGUUGUGAGUGGUGUCGUGGUUGUCAAGAUUAAGAAGCAGUCACCUCCUUGUGUUUAUUAAGAAACUUUAUCCGCAUAUUUAAUCCUGUUAUUAGAUAAUUUAAUUAAACUAUGUUUAAAUUAUGCCCUGAUACGCAUAGAACCUGUUGAAGAAGGUAAACUUUUAGUUUUUCUGUGCAUCUGUGGGAAUUCACUCAUUGUUCUUGAUUUGAGCUGCACUAUGGGAUGUUUGGAUUGGAUGCCAUGUUGAAGUGUGAUUGUUAGGGAAAGCUGAACGCACAGAUGCUCUGGCAGGACAGGCUUCCUGUCAGUGCUGUGAUUGAUGACUGGUGUAACUUUUAGUAGGAGAAUGUUUGUAGUGAUUUAUGUGUCAGGAGCUUGUUAGUUUCUCACAGUCCAGUACUCUUAUCCUCACUAUCUUCAUUUGUAACGUCACUGAAAUCAUUUAUUUUACAAGAGAGUUUUGACAGUUUCUUUUCACCCUUAGAAGUGUCUUUCAUCCCCUGUUUAGAGAUCAGUGUUCUUUCUUUUAUUUGGGUGUUUGCAAGCAAAACAUUUGCAGCAGGGCUUGCAUUUUAGAUGCUUUGAAUGUCAUAUUUACAGUAAGGAGGAGCAAUAGACAUUCAAAUCUAUUUUUGCAAAUGUGAAAAGUAGUUGAGCGCUGUUUUAGCUCAUUGAAACAUCUUCUUGAAAAAUUUUAAAGUAUUUGAGAAUCUCUACACAGAUGAAUUGUAUAGACAAGUCUGAUGUUUAUACUGAGAGCUAUAUUUUGUAAUCUAAUCUAUUUUGGUGACUUGGAGAAUAAUAUGCAUGCUAGUUGUUUUUGACUAAUGUGCAAUGCAAUUUUCUGUAAUUCACUGAUGGACAAAUGUUUUAUGACAAUCUUUUUGGGGGUCUUUCAGUCCACUCUGCAAAACUCUGCCAUUUGUAAAUAAAUCAAAGAUUUUUAAACCCCUUA